CGUGAACGCAUCUCCAUCUCUUACAGAAGCAGCUUUACGGAGAGCAGCGAGGAUGGCAGCCCUGUGGAGAUCCUACCAGACACUGAUGGGCAGAUACCCCUGGACAAUGAACAUAGUCACUGCAGGUUCUUUAGUGGGUCUCGGCGACGUCAUCUCUCAACAGCUGAUUGAGAGGAGAGGAUUAGCUCAUCACAAUAUGUAUCGCACAGCCAAAAUGAUGAGUGUAGGAUUCUUCUUUGUGGGUCCAGUGGUUGGAAGUUGGUAUAAACUUUUGGACCGACUGGUGACUGGAGGAAGUAAAAGUGCUGCGAUGAAGAAAAUGCUGGCUGACCAGAUAUGUUUCGCUCCGUGCUUUUUGGGAGGAUUCCUCUCUAUCUCCGGAGCUCUGAAUGGACUGACGGUGGAGGAAAACGUUGCUAAGCUGAAGAGGGACUACACCGAUGCCCUGAUCUUAAAUUACUACCUUUGGCCUCCUGUCCAGAUUGCAAAUUUCUAUUUCAUUCCACUACAUCACAGGCUGGCUGUUGUGCAGCUCGUUGCUAUUGCCUGGAACUCCUACCUGACCUGGAAGGCCAAUAAAUAGUGAAAAAAGGACGUGUGUAUGUGUGUGUGUGUGAGAGAGACCAUGCAUUUUACUUUCUUGAGGUCAAAAGUUUACAUACAUUUCCUUAUUAGUGUUUAUCAGCAUUGCCUUUGGGCUGCAUGACUUGGGUCAAACAUUUUGAGUAACCUUCCUCAAGCUCCUCCUGACAGAACUGCUGUAACUGAGUCAGGUUUGUCGGUCGCCUCACUCGCACACGUCUUUCAGAUCUGCCACAGAUGUCAGAUGGGAUUCAGAUCAGGGCUUUGUGAUGUGAUGUCCAAGGCAUCAACUUUGUUGUCCUCAAGCCACUUUUUAACUAUAUUGGCAGUAUGUUUAGGGUCAUUGUCCAUCUGGAAGACCCAUUUGUGCCCAAGUCUUAGCUUCCUGGGUGAUGUCUUGAGAUGUUGCCUUAAUAUUUCCAAGUAAAGUUCUUUCUUCAUGAUGCCGUCUAUUUUAUGAAGAGUUCCAGUUCCUGCUGGAGCAAAACAGCCCCACAACAUGAUGCUGCCCCCUCCGUGCUUCACACUCUAUGUAUGUACUCUAGGUAUAUUUUUCUCAGGUCUACAGGCUUCCCCCUUUUUCCUCCUAAUGUAACGUUGGACAUUAUGGUGCCAAACACCUCCAAAUUAGUUUCAUCAGACCACAGGACAUGUCUCCAGAAGUUAAGGUCUUCGUCACAAACUGUAAUCUGGAUUUUUUUUAAUGUUUCUUUAGGAGUAAUGGCUUCUUUCUCGCCGAGUGGUCUUUCAGCUCAUGUUAGUGCAGGACUGGUUUCAAUGUGGAUAAUGACUCUUACAUGACAUUCUUACAGCCUUCAUCCAGCAUCUUCACAAGGUCUUUAGCUUUUGUUCUGGGGUUGAUUUGUACAUUUCGGACCAAAACACGUUCAUCUCUGGGACACAGAGCCCGUCUCCUUCCUGGGUAGUGUAAUGGCUGGACAUCCCAUGAUGUUGAUGCGUGCGUAUAAUGUGGCACCUUCAAACAUCUGGAAAUUGCACCCGUGGAUGAACCAGACUUGUGGAGCUCCACGGUUCUCUCACUGAUUUCUUGUCUGAUUUAUUUUGGGUUUGAGGUGAAGCCUUAAAAUACAUCCCCACGUGUGUCUUCAAUUAACCCAUAUGUUGUCAGUUAACCUAUCAGGAGCUUCCAAAGCCAUGACAUCAUCAUCUGGGCUUCCACACUUUUAAAGACAUAGUACUUUUGUGUAUGUUAAACUUUUGACCUCAAAGAAAAUCAACUCAAAUCAAAAUGAAAUAAUUUUGGUAAUCCUGACUGACCUGAAACAGGGGAGGUUUGGUCUGAUUUGACUUUAGACGGUGAGACAAAAAAAUGGUCUUUUUGCACAGUGUAUGUAAACCUCUGGUUUCAACUGAAACUUCCGUUAGUCUUCUGAUACCUCCACUGUGCAAAACUGUGACUCAGUCACAUUGAAAGGUCAGAGAAGAUGCUUGUCUACAUGACAAAGUCACACUUGAAUUUGCAGAGAUGCUUUUGAAACUAUGCUCAUGUAAUAAAUCAUGCUGCAGUGCAGCCACACUUACAGUAAGAUGCACCUACAGGUUGAUGGAGGAUACUUUGCCCUCCUUUCAUUCAGUGAGCUCUUUAGUCUUAAGGUGCAUAUUUGGUUAUUUUUCUCCUUCUUUAGCAACCUCAGUUGGUAAAGAGUAGCUGAAGUAGACUUCAGCUGCUCUUCACCACUGACUAAACCUUGGGACAUGUCUGUUAUAUCUCAUAUUGUCUUAGUAAUCAAAAGCUUACCGUGAAAAUGAAGAUGUUGAAAGAAUCAUGCUCAGUUUAGACAAUUGAUUCCACUUAUGUAUAACCUCAGUAUCAGGACAUGAAUGUUCAGUUUCUACAAAAACUAACUGUAUUUCUUCAUAGAGUCCAUUAUUUUGUAAGAUAUUAAAGUUCUAAUGUCUGAUGUUCAUGUUUUUGGUCUUUCCAAAGGUUACGUAGAUAACGUAAUUAACUAUAGGUUAAGUACAGAUAUAGUUGAUUUUUUUUUUUUCUUUUUUUCACCUUUCACCACCUUCCACCUGC